GCGACCCGUCGGGAAGAAGGAGAAGGAGGAGGAGAUGAUGUCCAGGGACGCCGUCGAGCUCGACUUCCUCGGCGUGGCGGAGAAGGAGAUCGGCUCCUCCCCCGCCGUCUCAGCCGCCGCCGCCGCCGGGCCUCGGCCCCAGCAGCGCCGGCCUCUCGACCGCCUCUCGAGCUUCCGAGGCAUGCAGAGCGCCAUCUCGAGGAUCCACCCCGAGCUCCUCCGGUCGGUGAUCGCCGCCUCCUCCGGCGCGGCGGGUCGGUCGGUGCCUUCGACCCCGAAGGCGGACCAGAAUGCAGCUGCUGCGUUGCCUGUUUAUGCCCCUCUUGUCAGGCCGAGCUUGGAGACCCACGGAGAAGUGGCUCCGCUGACGAUCUUCUACGGCGGCACCGUCGCCGUCUUCGACCUCCCUCCCAACAAGGUGGAGAACAUCCUGAAACUUGCGGUCCAAGGAAUCCCCAAAUCCACCGGACCGGAGAGCCCGGAGUCCGCGGCGACCCCGACCGGCCAAGAGCAGCUGCUCGGCAACGGAGAUUUCCCGAUCAGGGGGAGAAGGUCGCUGGAGAGAUUUUUCGAGAAACGUAAAGAGAGGUUGACUACUUCGGCGUCCCCCUACACCCGCGGCAAGUGAAAGCGCGUCGCCUCGAGGAAGGAGCCGAGGCGAGCCAUCGGUCUUUCCCGCACGUGGAAAAAAUGCCAAGGAAGGAAGGAGUCUAAGAAGCAUACAGUCGUCCUACGGCGUCGUCGCCCUUAGGAGUUAGGUGGACUAUUCUUAUUUUUUUUUGUCUUUGUUUCUUUUUUGCUCCUUCCCUUUCGUCGGAGGAGUUAAUGAAGUGGGCUACGGCGUAUGAUCGUAGUUUGCCUUUUUGGCCGGCGGCUGAUUGGGCCCGCCGGCGGCUACCGCACGUGUUGAUUCGCAGGAUCUGGGAAGUAGAUGUAUGUAGUAUUCGCCUCGUCCUUUGCUGUCUAUAUACUUCUUCGGUGGAUUUCGUCAA